CUGUCAACCUCAGUACACAACAUCAGGCGUUGCAGUAAACACGGCCCGGUCUCUCUAUCAUUGCCAGCGUUCCUAUAUAAUUCACUGAGGAUUUAGAGUCACCCGCCUCUUACAAUCAUCCACACUGAGCUUCAGUCAUUCUUGGAGGUGAUGGCUGGCCGCUUCCUCAGGUGUGUGCACGGGAAGGAGUUGCUGGCGCUGAAGGAGAGACUAGCAGCCCAUCUGCCCAACUCUGCCAUUCUGCACGGGACGGUCGAGACAGGAAUACGUUAUGGACUAAUGGAGAAAUUAGGAAUAAAGUUGUUUAUCCCAAAACACAGUGGCAGUCUGGUGGUGGCUACCCCAGCCUUCACUACGAAAAAGGUGCAGAGUUUGUCAGUGUUCUGGAACCCGGAGGAGGAAGACGAGGAGGAGGUGGCGCAGAUGAUCGGAUCGUUGCCUGGCAUCGACUGGAGGAAACCUGUGUUCUUCAGUACCAGUUCCAAGACCAUCUCCAGCAAGGUGACGAGUAUAGGGAAUAACCAGCUGGUCGGCGACGGAAACAUAGAGGCUCAUACGGUCGAAGAUUCAUCUAUGUACGAAAUCCCUCCACAACUGCCGCAUAUCCAGUGCAGCCCUCCUGAAGGAUUCUACCUGGACAGUCUCCGGCCUGAGGAGGUGGCCUUGGUGAUGCCCUUCUGGAUGUAUCAGUGGACUGAAACCUAUAGCGGCCACGAGACUUUACUCCGGAGCGUCCCGUCGGUGGCUCUUCGCAAAAGGGGAGAUGGUGACCCCACCUCCAAGGACCAGCUGGUGGGUUGGAUCCAUCUGUACAACAACGGGAUCUUAGGCAACUUUUUCGUCUUGCCAGAGUACCGUGGUCAAGGCCUGAGUAAAGUCAUUUUAUACGAGCUUGUCUGGAAGGUACAAAAGGAUGGCCUCUUUACCUACGGUAUUUUUGACGCCCACAUGAAAAAGUACGGGGAGAAUACUAAGAAAUAUGGCACCGUCAGGCAUAUGGACAUGGAGGCUGUGUUUUACCUGGCCAAGGGCGACACUGUUGACGGCUUCAUGAAAACCUUGUUAUAACGUGACGAAGGAACUUAAAAUGUUUUCUCUAAGUACUAAUGACACCUACAGAAAUAAUCGUGAUACCAUUCGCAUACGUAUUUAAUCACACCAUAUUAAGUCUGCUACGAAUACAAAUGAUACUAAAUGUUGUAAAAUCAUUCCUUCAGAUAAAUGUCCAGUAUAUUAUAUCAGGUGCCACUAAUAAAACUCAGGCUCUCAA